AGGAAUGUCGCGUUCUCUAGUCUGGUUGUGCCGUAGCUCGCUUUACGGCGGUCUCGCGCGACGCUCCUCCUUUUCCUCUCCUCGCUAAGAUGGCGGCGGCCGGGACUCUCUACACCUACCCUGAGAAUUGGCGGGCAUUCAAAGCCCUUAUUGCUGCUCAGUACAGUGGCGCCAAGAUCAAGGUCCUCUCGGCCCCACCGCAGUUCCACUUUGGACAAACCAACAAGACCCCCGAAUUCCUGAAGAAAUUCCCUGUGGGGAAGGUUCCAGCUUUCGAAGGAGAUGAUGGCUUCUGCGUAUUUGAGAGCAAUGCCAUUGCACAUUACGUCAGCAACAAUGAGCUGCGAGGAAGCACUGCAGAGGCGGCCGCCCAGAUCAUCCAGUGGGUGAGCUUUGCUGACAGCGACAUUGUUCCCCCCGCCAGUACUUGGGUCUUCCCCACGUUGGGCAUCAUGCAUUAUAACAAGCCGGCCACAGAAUAUGCCAAGGAGGAAGUGAAGAGGAUUCUGAGCCUCCUCGAUUCCCAUCUGAAAACCAGGACAUUCCUGGUGGGGGAACGUGUCACACUGGCUGAUAUUACCGUGGUCUGCACUCUUCUUUGGCUUUACAAGCAGGUUUUGGAGCCAUCUUUCCGUCAGCCUUACGAAAACGUCAACCGCUGGUUUGUAACCUGCAUAAACCAGCCACAGUUCAAGGCAGUCCUAGGAGAGGUGAAGCUGUGCGAGAAGAUGGCGCAGUUUGACGCUAAAAAGUUUGCUGAGAAUCAGCCCAAGAAGGAAACGCCUAAGAAAGAGAAGCAUCCGAAGGAAGAGAAGAAGCCAGAGAAGAAGGCAGAGCCUGAGGAAGAGUUAGACGAGUGUGAGCAGGCCUUGGCAGCUGAGCCCAAAUCCAAAGACCCUUUUGCUGAACUCCCCAAGAGCUCCUUUGUCAUGGAUGAGUUCAAGAGGAAGUACUCCAAUGAAGAUACCCUCACAGUGGCAAUCCCCCACUUCUGGGAGCAUUUUGACAAGGAGGGCUGGUCCAUCUGGUAUGCAGAGUAUCGCUUCCCUGAGGAGCUUGCACAGACGUUCAUGAGCUGCAAUCUCAUCACAGGCAUGUUCCAGCGCUUGGACAAGCUGCGCAAGAACGCCUUCGCUUCGGUUAUCCUUUUCGGUAGCAACAAUGACAGCAGCAUCUCUGGCAUCUGGGUCUUCCGUGGGCAGGAGCUAGCUUUUCCACUGAGUCCUGACUGGCAGGUAGAUUACGAAUCCUAUGCCUGGAGGAAGCUGGACCCAGAUAGCGAAGAGUGCAAGACGCUGGUGAAGGAAUACUUCCUGUGGGAGGGGGAUUUCAAGCACGUCGGCAAGGCCUUUUGCCAAGGCAAGAUCUUUAAGUGAGUCCAAGGCAGGAGGACUGUUCCCAAAACACGGACCUAAUGAUGAAGGACAAAGAGCCUCCAGGAGCCACCAGUGGCAGAAACAUCUCAGGAGGGAGAGACGGCGUGACGUUCUGAGACGUGUAUUAAAAACUCAAGUGUGCUAGUA